GAACGGACCCCCUCACCGCCGCCCCUCUCUUUCUUUUCUCUCUAUCACAAUUCACACAAGCUCAUUCUCACCUCACCCUCAUCUGAAUUCACUGAUUUUCCUUUUAAAAAGGCUGUGGAGAAGUUGCAUCUGUUUCUGCUUGAUUCUAGAGAAUUUCUUUAUUAUUUCUGGGUUUUUGGCAAGCCGAUUUGGUCUGCAAUUCUGCUGUUAGCUGUUGGAAUCAUUGCUGAGCUCUAGUUGAGGCCAUUUCUGACCUUUAUUUCGUCUGUUCCCUAGUGUUUUCUCAGCUUUGAACUGAGAAACCAUUUUUGGUGCAUUGCAAAAGAAUUCUAGCACCACUGAUUCAGGAGUGACAGGGUGUUGUUAAAGCUGUUGAGCUUGAUUUAAGUUUCAAGAAAGAGAAGCUCGCUUCUGUAGGGACCAAGAAAGAAAGAGAUAAGGCAAAGAUGGAAACUAAAGAACCCACAGGAAGUGAAGAUCGUGAUCUCAAGAGAAAGAAAGAAAGAGGUGCUGGAAAACAGCCUUAGAAGUCCAGUAAAGACAGGUGUGAGAAUGCUGUUAAAAAUGUUGUGAAGAAGAAAAAUACAUUGAAGAAUGAGCGGAAUACAAUGCAUGAUGCACUUGUAGACACCAAAACAAUUGCUCAUAAAAGUGCAAGUGAUACACAUGACAGUGAGGUGGUUGAGACACUCAGCGAGGGCUCUGGUGGAAAUGUUAUAGCCGAGGAGAAGAGGAAGAAAAGGAAAAAGGAAAAGAGGAACAAAGAGGAUGGACAGGUAGAUAUUGCGUCUGGAGUCAAUCAAGGUGAUGUUUCAACCAUAGAAGAGAUAGAAAAUAGCAAAAUAGAUGAUGCUAACAUCAGAAAGAGGAAAAAGACAAAAGGACACAAUUGUAAAGAUCUUACACAUGGAAAGAGUGAAAAAAGAGAGAUUUUCAGGUGAUGUUCAGGUUUUUUCUCCAUCCGAUGAUCCAAGUGAUGAGAAGCAUGGAAUUAACCAAGAAAAAUUACUGUGCGGCAAAUGGUUCACAAAAGAAGAAGAUGAAAUUGUCAAAGAUGCUGUUUAUAGAUACAUCGAGGUACAUAACUUGGGUGGAGACGGGUUGCAAAAAGUGUUGGACUCUAAAUUUAUUCCUGAAUUAAGGGGCUGCUGGAAAAAGAUAGGGAAGGCUAUACCAUACAGGCCUUAUAUAGCAGUUUAUAAACGUGCACAACGUUUGUUUAGAAUGGGUGAGAAGGGUAAAUGGACUGAAGAAAAGUAUGAGAUGGUACGAAAGUUCUAUGGAGAACAUGGGCCCAAGUGGAAGAUCUUGGCUGAUGAACUUGGGAAAGAUAGGGUACAUGUGGGAAAUGCAUGGCAUAGGAUAAAACUGGACAAUCUCAAAAAAGGAAAUUGGGCUCAGGAGGAGAUCCAAAAUUUGUUUGAAUUGGUGAACGCUAAUCUGCAACUGAAGCUUUUUGAAGAGAAGAAAUCUAAGCAUGGGAUGUUACGGGAUAAUAUUUGCUGGAGUGAAAUUAGUGACAAAUUGUCCACCAGGAUUGCUCUAAAUUGCUGCAACAAAUGGUACAGACAAUUAACAUCACCGAUGGUGGCUGCAGGUGAAUGGGCAGAUACUGAUGACUAUCGCCUAAUUGAUGCCCUUUUUGAACUGGAUGCAAGCUGCAUAGAGGACGUGGAUUGGGACAAUCUUCUUGACCACAUGAGUGGAGAGUUGUGUCGAAAAAGAUGGAACCAAAUGGUUCGUCAGCUAAGUCAACAUGAAAGUAAGUCAUUUGCUGUACAAGUAGAAGUGUUAGCUAAGAGAUACCGCCCGGAUUUGGUUGGAGCGAGGGAGGCUUGGGAUAGAAAACCAGUUGGCCCAUGAUAUACCCAUCAUUCAGCAUGGACAUUCACAUUUCUGUAGAGUAGAUGCUCAGGGAACAUGUAUUCUAAGGCAGAUCCAGGUGUUUGAAUCAGUAGGUGGGGUAUUCUGUACCCUUUACUUAGCAAUCAGUUUGAAGCUAGCUUAGAAAUAUUUUUUUAAAAUUUAUUCAACUUUAUAUAGGUCAAAUCGACUUCAUCGAGUGCAGGCAGUCUGUACAGAUCAGUCACUGAAUGGACUGUUGUCUACAAACUUCCGCCGCUCUUUUUUCCUCUUUUUUUUUUGUUGGGUCUUUUUCCCUCUUUGUUAAUGUAAUUUGAAAGGUUUAUGUAACAUCUACAAUGCUAGCUACUCGGUACCUAUGCUGGUAGGAUGUAUGCCCGUGAAAUUAAUUGAGGUGCAUGCAAGCUGACUCACUCCAUCGUUAUUAAACAUAAGAAAACACGCAUGUUUUGGAAGAAAGGAGGGUUCUCACAGUUUGAUGUUGAUAAAUGAUCUAUUGUGUUAAGAGGUCAAUCUAUUCCUACUGCAGUCUGCAACUAUAGAUGACAGAAUAGUAUUAGCACAACUCCCACUCUUAUAUCCAAGUAUUGAUCGAAGCAAUUUCAAGAAAAGGUCUUUCAACUGAGCUGCAAAGUGAAUCACUUUCCUUUGAUUAGUUGUACAUGAGAUAAUGUCUUCUAAUCAAGAUUGAUAAAUGACUUGUAUUCCUGAUUUUAUAUGAUGCUCUUUCCUUUUAAGUU